AUGGCAACAAAAGCCUCAAAAUCUGUUACACAGUUCUAUGUAGAAUAUUGCAAGAUUGACGACAAACUUGGUAACAGUUCUUUACUCGGAAUAUUUUCUGGAAAUUCACGAUUAGCAUGUGCUAGUGGAUGCAAUGAACAGUGUACCUGUAUUGGGUAUAACAGUAGAUUAAAGAAAUGUCGCAUUCAUGAACGAUGUCCGUUCAACACCAUGAGGAGACCUGAAGGUGGAUGGCAAUAUCUCGUGAAAAAAGUGUUUGACUGUAAGGAGCUGUUUGAUAAUGGUGUCACGAUGUCUGGAGUAUAUACAAUUCAGCCUGUGACAAAUCAGCUCACCGAUGUUUAUUGUGAUAUGGAAACAAACGGAGGCGGUUGGACGGUACUGUUAAAACGAAUCGACGGCUCAGUGAAUUUUACUCGAAGUUGGAAUGACUACAAAACUGGUUUUGGGGAUGUCUUCUCCGAAUACUGGAUUGGAAAUGACUUCAUUCAUCACUUAACAAGAUAUGAUACUUCCAAGUUGUACGUCUCAAUAACCCAUGUGGACGGAAGAAGGUUUUUUGAAAGAUACAAUAGGUUUUCGAUUUCCGACGAAGCUAAUGGAUAUUUGUUGCAUUUUGGAGGUGCCUUUGGAACACUUGGCGAUGCGAUGACUGCAAAUGGGUUUCCAUGGUCGAAUCUGAAUGGAAUGAAAUUUUCUACCAUCGAUAAAGACCAGGAUAAGUCACCUGCUAACUGUGCUUUAAGCAAGGGAGGAGGAGGCUGGUGGUAUAAAAGGUGUCGUAAAGCCCUUCUCACCGGUCCAUACGGAAGCACAAAUUGGGGGAAGGUUUGGAGUCCUACAUUCAAUAGUGGAGUUGACGUCCGUAGAGUUGAAAUGAUGGUAAAGAGGAAGGCAACAAAGUAA